GAUGGACCCCGGCGAGGCCGCCAUUUUGGAGUCUUCUCCGAGGAGCUUCAGCCGGCUUUUCGCGCUGUUGCCGCAGCUCCCCGCGGCUUUGCUGGGCAGAAUGAACGUGAUAGACCAUGUGCGAGACAUGGCGGCCGCGGGGCUGCACUCCAACGUGCGGCUCCUCAGCAGCUUGUUACUUACAAUGAGUAAUAACAACCCUGAGUUAUUCUCCCCAUCUCAGAAGUACCAGCUUUUGGUGUAUCAUGCAGAUUCUCUGUUUCAUGAUAAGGAAUAUCGGAAUGCUGUGAGUAAGUACACCAUGGCUUUGCAGCAGAAGAAAGCUCUAAGUAAAACUUCAAAAGUGAGACCUUCAACUGGAAAUUCUGCAUCCACUCCACAAAGUCAGUGUCUUCCAUCUGAAAUUGAAGUAAAAUACAAAAUGGCUGAAUGUUAUACAAUGCUAAAACAAGAUAAAGAUGCCAUUGCUAUACUUGAUGGGAUCCCUUCAAGACAAAGAACUCCCAAAAUAAACAUGAUGCUGGCAAAUCUGUAUAAGAAGGCUGGUCAGGAGCGCCCUUCAGUCACCAGCUAUAAGGAAGUACUGAGGCAGUGCCCAUUAGCCCUUGAUGCCAUUCUAGGUUUGCUGUCGCUUUCUGUAAAAGGUGCAGAAGUGGCAUCAAUGACGAUGAAUGUGAUCCAGACUGUGCCUAACUUGGAUUGGCUCUCUGUGUGGAUCAAAGCGUAUGCUUUUGUGCACACUGGUGACAACUCAAGAGCAAUCAAUACCAUCUGUUCACUAGAGAAAAAGUCCUUAUUGAGAGAUAACGUGGACCUGCUGGGAAGCUUAGCAGACCUGUACUUCAGAGCUGGAGACAAUAAAAACUCUGUCCUCAAGUUUGAACAGGCACAGAUGUUGGAUCCUUAUCUGAUAAAGGGAAUGGAUGUAUAUGGCUACCUCCUGGCACGAGAAGGGCGGCUGGAGGAUGUGGAGAACCUUGGCUGCCGCCUUUUUAAUAUUUCUGAUCAACAUGCAGAACCCUGGGUGGUUUCUGGGUGUCAUAGCUUCUAUAGUAAACGCUACUCCCGAGCCCUCUAUUUAGGAGCCAAGGCCAUUCAGCUGAACAGUAAUAGUGUUCAAGCUUUGCUACUUAAGGGAGCAGCACUUAGGAACAUGGGCAGAGUCCAGGAAGCAAUAAUCCACUUUCGGGAGGCUAUACGUCUUGCACCUUGUCGCUUAGAUUGUUAUGAAGGUCUCAUCGAAUGUUACUUAGCCUCCAACAGCAUUCGUGAAGCAAUGGUGAUGGCUAACAAUGUUUACAAAACUCUAGGAGCAAAUGCACAGACCCUUACCCUUUUAGCCACCGUUUGUCUUGAAGACCCAGUGACACAGGAGAAAGCCAAAACUUUAUUAGAUAAAGCCCUGACCCAAAGGCCGGAUUACAUUAAGGCUGUGGUGAAAAAAGCAGAACUACUUAGCAGAGAACAGAAAUACGAAGAUGGAAUUGCUUUGCUGAGGAAUGCUCUAGCUAAUCAAAGUGACUGUGUCCUGCAUCGGAUCCUAGGAGAUUUCCUUGUAGCUGUCAAUGAGUAUCAGGAAGCAAUGGACCAGUAUAGUAUAGCACUAAGUUUGGACCCCAAUGACCAGAAGUCUCUAGAGGGGAUGCAGAAGAUGGAGAAGGAGGAGAGUCCUACGGAUGCCACUCAGGAGGAGGAUGUGGACGACAUGGAAGGGAGUGGGGAAGAAGGGGACCUGGAGGGCAGCGACAGUGAGGCGGCCCAGUGGGCUGACCAGGAGCAGUGGUUCGGCAUGCAGUGAGGCAGGCAGCAGCUCCGUGGCCACACUGGCCUGCCCUGCUCUGAGCACUUCCAUGGACUGAAGGAACCUGUAGGAGCCCGCUCUCUGGGAGGACCAUGAUUCAGCAUGUGAUUGCAGCAGGGGUCUCUGCCCCUUGCUCCGUAUUACUAGUAGCGACUUCAUUUUUAAAAACUGAGCCUGACCAACCUUCCAUAUAUCUCCAUCCUCCCCUGCUCCAGCCAGGGAGGACCAAGUGAGCACUCAGAGAGGCCCGUGGAUGUGUCGGGGCUUCUGGGGCAGAGUGCUUUUUCUAGAACGAAUUUCUAAAUCUGAAAGCUCGAGGAAUAGACAGUGUUUUUGUCUGUGAUGUUGUGGAUGGGUUUAAAAGAGUGACCUGUUACCCAGAGCAAGAGUGUCAUCUCCCAACAGCAGCAUGGGCUGGCCCUUUCAGAGAGGCUUUCCUCUUCCAGAAAUCAUCAUCCUGGGUUGUCCAAACUUUCCCAGUAACCUGCUUCCUUCUGCAAUGUUAGUAAUGCCUUAAGCUGACAGUUGCUAUUUUGCAGAACAAUUUUCCUAUUUGCUAAUCUAGUAACUUGCCUAUGAGCCUGGCCUGGAUCUGAGAAAUAAGUGUGACCUAGAGCAUGAACAAAGGCCGCACCUGGGGUAAUUAACUAAUAAAACUGUUUUUUGUACAGUAA